AUGCUGAAGCCUCGAUUGAUUCAGGAGUAUCAUGACAAAACGUGCAUUCGAUUUGUUCCACGAGAUGUUAGUCGCCAUGUGGACUACAUUUUUAUCCACCCUGACGACGGAUGUUAUAGUCUCGUAGGAAAGACUGGAGGACGUCAGCCAGUUUCAUUAGAUUCCGGCUGUAUUCAAGUUGGCACGAUCGUACAUGAGCUCAUGCAUGCCGUCGGCUUCUUCCAUGAACAGAGCAGGUUCGUUUCCUUUCCAGAAAUCGAUGUCGUGAAAAGUCAAUAG